UAAAUAAUUUGUAUAAAAAUAUAUCAUACAGAUGGACGUAAUGACUAUCCGACAAGCGGUAGACUUCAAAUAAGAACAAGGGCUGCAAAUCCUCCACCGCCUGAAGAUCCUACACCGCCUGCAAAUCCACCACCGCCUGCACCUACAAAUCAAAUUGCUCACGUUAGAACAAUGAGUGAUCGAGAAUUAGCGGAGACAAUUCUUCGUUAUCAGCAGCUUCGUGUGCGUACUCCUAUGACACUGCAUAAUACUGAUCCUCAUCCAAGAUCGCUAGCUUCGCAGGAAUUACGACAGGCACAGCAGCACCUUCUGCUUCAGCGUUUUAGAAAUGAGAAUCGCAUAAUGAGGCACCGCCAAGAAGGAAGUUCUUCUUCUACUACUACACAUGCAGGUGAUGACCCUAUACAUCCACGUGGAGUAUCAAGCAUUAGAGGGAUGAGCGAGCAGGAAGCAACUAUUAAUUUUCAACAGCCAAAUACGCCACGUCCAGAUCGAAAUAGUCCACAAGUAAAUCCUCCAGGGGAGCUUCCAAAUAAUAUACAGGAACGCAUUCAUAAUAGUAUGCAAGAAAAUGCCAUUCGAACAUCGCGGGCAGCACGACGAGCCGCAGCAAACCACAGAAGAUACAACCCAACACAGGCACGUUAUCCUGAAGGCACUAUACUGCAGCGUCCUAGCACCCAGAGAACAGUUGGAAUAUUCCUAAUAUCUACUGACGAGAAUACUGGGAAUCAAUCUGGGAUGUUUUAUACGCCCCAUUCAGUUAUAAGAGGAUUUCCACUUCCUAUGUCACCUGCCCUUUCUGAUGUUGUGUUCCUAAAUGGUUCACCUCAUGAUGUGAGUAUUGGAGGUUACGUGUUUCGCCCUUAUGCCAGCAGUACUCGUCAUUAG